AUGGUUUUGACCAGACAAAGAGCGAGAGAAAUGCGUGAAGCAGCUUCUCAUCCACCACUACCACCAUCGACCUUCCACUCCUUUUCCAAGCUUCCCAACGAGUUGAGGACUAUGAUCUGGAAUGCUGCUGAAGACUCGCAACCGGCGCACGUCAUCGAAGUCUGCAACAUACCAGAUCUGUACGACCAUGAAGGUACCCCUACUUCUUUUCAAUGGUUUGCGAUACCCUGCGGUUGUAAAAAGAGAUGUUUCGAGCCUCCCCUCGCGCGAGUGAAUCGUGAAUCUAGAGAGAUUGCACUCAAAAGAAGAUCAAGAUGUUUUGGGCGAUGGGUGGACUGGGAUAAAGACAUCAUAUUCAUCGGCGAUAGAGUCGGACAUUUGCACAAUACCGGGUUUCUUCACGCAUUAGAGCAGCAAAAUUGCCGUGAGAAGCUCAAACAUCUUGCAAUUGACUAUGAUUGCUGGAAUACCUCAAGCAACAACCCCUGUACACGCCGAAAAGAAUGUACUCCUGCUGCCAUGAUUUCACGAUUACCGCAACUCCAUCGACUGAUAUUUUCACAGAGUUCGGGCGCUUGGCGGGAUGGCAAUGAAGUCAAACCUCAUUCUCCCGACUAUCGUGUCAAUGAAUGGAGGUAUUCUUCAAGGAGUCUUCGACCACGUAUUUUUGAUCUACAGUACAACCGUGUCCUCGAUGAUGUGAUAAAGUUUGAGAGUGAGAGCUUCUCAAAGUGGUUAUCACAAAAUCGCUAUGACAAAACCGAUGUCUGGAAUCACUUACCCGAACAGGUUGAUGCAUGGAAAUGCCAUGCCAUUGAUCGCGAAGGCGUAGGGUUGUCAGCAGGAUCACGUAAAGCUGUUAGAGGUCUCGACGAUGGGCGCAUAUAUGGUCUCAAUGGCAAUUGUGGAGUAGCAUUAAUACAACUUGACAAGAUUGAAGGAGCCUCCUGGUGGGAACCUGGAGAUGAUCAUCAAAUGGGAUUUUUAAGGGACUUAUUUGAAAAGAACUUUGACGCUUUAAAGUCCACUCCGAGAGACAUAUAUCCUGGAGACCCCGAUUAUGAUAUCUGGACGCCACCUGAAUUGAACUUUGCGAUAUUACGAAGGACGGCGUCUUCUUGUUUCGCUGACGACUGGGAAGGCCUUGAGCGAGAGUGGAUGUGCUACGAAGAGGCAUGCUGGGCAAGGGAUUUUACUAAAUCUUACGAAGCACGAGACAAAUCUAAGGACUAUCCCGCGGGACAACACAAGGUAAAUAAUUACGUACGAGCGAUGAAUCGUCAUUUUUGA